UGCCAGACCAACUGACACAAGCAUUCAUUUCAAUAAUGUCAGAUCCUACCAAACGUCCACUUAAGUUUCCUCCCCAACAUAUUUCGUAUCUGCAAAAGCACCGAAUAUUGGAACUGUUCCAUGAGAUUGCUAGAGAGCUAGUCAUUCAGAAACCAGAAGAUCAUGUCCUGUUUACGAAACAGAUUCUUCAUAAUGCAGCGAGAAGCAGGGACGUGCCUAGAGUUAUUCUCAUUCCAUCACGUAAAGUGAACGUCCUGGAUAUUGCAAGAUGCAUGUCCAACGUUUCAAAGCAGGUAGUGAUUUCUAGGAUGAACCUGGAAAGUUGCUUGGGGAGCGAAAUUACGAAUGCCUCAUCUGAAAUGAUAGCCAAAUGCCUGGCGCGCUUAGUGAGGAAGGAAAACUGCUAUAUCUUAGGCUGGAUCAUGGUGGAUUGCAUCAGGAAUGAAGGGGAUGCUAAGCAGCUGUUGCAGCUUGGAAUCAUUCCAACACACACAAUUCACCUGAUUUCACCUUUUCAACCAAAUCUGGAUGAUCUAUUGUACUGUAGUGUGAGACCAAGUUGGCCAGAGUACAGAAGGAACGUCGUUGGAAUCCGGAAUGCUUUCAAAACUUCACUCAGAGAAGUUUAUUUAGGUGACCAAAUGUUUCCGAAGAUCGUCAAGGAUUGCCUGGAACUAUGUAAGAUACGGAAAGCUGUAAAGGCGAUAUCGCCAAGAGUAAUUAUACUAGGACCAAGAGGAUCGGGAAGAAAGACACAAGCUAAACUCCUAGCUGACAAGUUGGGGUUGAUCUACAUAGAUUUCGAAUAUCUGAUUUGUCAAGCUUGGAUAUCAGCGACAGAACUUGGAGGCAAACUAAGAGAGUGCAAAAAUAAGGUUUGCUUUCAUUCAGAGCUCCUUUCUGAGGUGGUCAACAGGAGACUACUAGAAGAGGAUGCUCUCCGUAAGGGAUGGGUUCUAGUAGGAUUUCCUUACACCGACUUGGAUUUCCGUUAUUUAGAUACGCUUGACACACCGCCAAAUAGGGUUAUAUUCCUUGAAUGUGACUUGACUGUUUGCAAAGAACGUCUAAGGCAUCGACGUGUGAACGUGUAUUCGGGAUCUGUAACAGACAUCAAAGAGAACCCAAAGGCUAUCGAAGAGAAGACUGUGAAGAACCACCCAAAGGAUGAUGAAAGUGUUAUUGAUGCUGAACUGAAGUAUUAUUGUGAACAGUACGGAAACUUGAGAAAAUACUGCGGAGCCACUGCAUCGUUUAUUAAUGGCGACCAGGAUGAAAGAUGGGUACACGAAUGUAUUCUUGGAGUUAUUUUAAGAGCACCGCCUGCAGCGCCACCAAGAAAAGGACUUGCAGAUCUGGCUACCUCCUCAUCGACGUCAUCAGCUUGUUCUUGUGUCUCAAUACCUACGGCUGUAGUAGAUGCUUUUGUUAGAACAGUGUAACCUACAGAUAAAUGUAUACAGUAAAGUUACAUUUGAAUAAACCUCUAAAAUUUA